AUGGUCUCCAUCUCUGUCACGUCGAGUGCAUCGCCGUCAUUCAAACCCUCCCCAGCACGCUCCUGGACCACGAUCACAUCAAUUACGACGGCAACAGUUCACCCAACUUAUUUGUUUACUCUCACAGAGUCCGAGCCUGUUUCUGAUUUUGUCACGUCCAGUGCUUUUGUGGAAUCAUCGCAAACCUCACGUUCAGCCGUGGAUACUCAUCCCAUUGUUGGAACUCCAACCCCAACCACACUUGAUACGUCAACAACUUUUGAGGAAUCAAGUACUAUUAUGACCUCGGUCAAGGCAUCAUCAUUGUCAGCGGUGAAGCCGUUGGCCCCGUUGGCCCACUUGAGUGAUUUCACCUCGUUGGAGAAUGCGCUGUCAAUGUCAACGUCGACAUACUUCGGACAGCCAGAGGCUACCACGAGCUCCCCCGGUUCAAUUUCUUUCUCAAUCAUGACGUCUGUUUUGUCUUCGACAACAACUUCGACAUCUCCAACCAUCUCACCAUUCCUCGGAACUGUAACGGGCACGAUCUCGUCGGAUAAAUCCACCUCAUCCACUACUGCUCCAUCCAUCGGACCGGUAUCGAGUCCAAUCUCGACAGACAAUUCCACCACCUCAUCCAACUCCACAGAAUCGACCUCUGUCUCUAACACCAAUCAUGGCAACGCCAUCAAGCCCGCCAUGAUAGUCGGCAUCAUCAUAGGCGCAUCAGCCUUCAUCAUGUUCGCACUAGCAGCCUGUUUCGUCCUCCGCCGCAGACGCCGAAAGAUCAUGAGGAUGCAAAAGAUCAUCGGUGCUCGAAUGGGACAUCCCUCUCUCGGUCCAGGACUGGGCUACGAAACCCUCCACGUCCGCGAGGCAGCAACACCCGCAGACACUAAGACUAGCCAAGUCCCCACGCUCCCCGUCAUCCCAGAGGAAGCUCACACAGUGCCAGCUUACUCGAACGGCCCAUUCACGCACGCGCACUCAAACCCAGACCUGUCCAUGGACAAUCUAUAUCUACGCAGCGAACGUUCCCGGCGGGCUUUCUACACUCAGAACGCGGUCAGUCCCAGUCAGCAAAGUGAGCACUCCCACCCUCUGACAAUUGAGGUGUGCCCUCCCUCACGCGAGCCUUCCACCUACUCCCGCUCUUCAUGGGAGGAUGCCAGCGUAGAGAUCAUUGAUUUCUACGGGGCCAGCACCUCCACCCUUCCCCACGAGCACGAUGGCGGUACUUUCCCACCUUCCAACGCAAAGUACUUGGAAGCGUGCAUGUCGCGCGACAGCCUGCGUAGUGACCCGUUCGACCUCGAGGCUCCGAGUGUCUCGAACCCCCCUGGCAGCCCACCCGUUCCACCUGUUCCUACAGAUUGGGGAACCAAGUUUUAG